CGCCACCAAAACGAUUUCGGCACACGACAACGUGAUGCUGCCAGGGCCAGCUCUGACGGACCACUCACAUGCUUGGAUAAAUUGUGGGUGUCCUGCAUGUGAAGGUCCGAGCAAAUUGCUCGCCGAUCCUGACCCCAUACCGCCAACUUUAUCCCCGCAUAUGCAGUAAACCAGCGCCAAACUACCUGUGGCUUGAAGAACCAUAGUCAUUCGGCCUCAACGUCCCGAUUUUAGCUCGGACGGCUUUUGGGGGUUUACCGAUUCCUUCUCAAUCUUAUCACGUCGCUGUGUGAAGGUUACAGUACUCUUUUCACACCGUGGUGUCGCACACCAUCACUGCAAAGUCUUGGCCAUCUCAACGAACCCUCUACACGAUGCCGGCGAAGUACGAAGGUUUGCUAGACCAGGAGCGCAUGCAGGAAGUCAAUCUACAUUCUGCAACUUGGAAAUCUGUACGACCAGGAAGAUGGAGUCUCGACGUUGUUCGACCUCAGUUCCUGACUAUGCGUCCUGGCAGUCCAAAGAAGCGAUUGCGACCGACGGCGUGGCUCGACGGCCUUCGAGGCUUUGCGGCUUUGGUCGUUUACCUUCAUCACAAUCAGCUUUGGGCACACGACUUCCACGGAAAUAUCAUCUUCGAAAACGCAUUUGGCUUUGAGGGCAGACAUUAUUUCGCUGCAUUGCCCUUUGUUCGACAUUUCUUCUCAGGUGGCCACUUUGCGGUUUCCAUCUUCUUCGUUAUCUCGGGUUACGUGCUUUCUGUGAAAUCACUCAGUUUAAUUCACAAAGGCCAACAUCAGACUUUAACGGAGGGUGUCGGCUCCGCACUCUUCCGACGCUGGAUUCGACUGUACAUUCCAGUCAUCGCGGUCAGUUUGUCCUCUUUGGUGUUACGAUAUUACCCCGGAAUCUCCGCCGCGUUCGGUGAGAAGAAAGAAACGUUCGGUGAGGACCUGUGGCAAUAUUACACGACCUUCAAGAACUACAGCUUUGUGUUCCUCACUGGCAACUUGUAUGAGUUCCCACUACUAUACCACCCUCAUUCAUGGUCGAUCCCGAUCGAGUUCAAAGGAUCGAUCAUUGUCUACACGGCGCUCUUGGCCCUUUCCAAGUGUACCAGGAACGCGCGACUAUGGCUUCAAACAGGACUCAUCUUUUAUUUCCUGUACAUCGUUGAUGGAUGGUACGGCGCCCUUUUUACUGCUGGAAUGAUGCUGUGCGACCUGGAGCUGCUCGCAGUCAACAACCAACUGCCGCGCCUUUUCACCAAGCUUGAGGACUUCAAGGAGUUGAUAUUCUUCCAUCUCUUCAUCACUGCAAUGUACCUUGGAGGCGUCCCAUCCUGUGAUGGGGAUGACUACGCAGGCAUAUUGAAGAAGUCGCCAGGUUGGAAGUGGUUGUCACAUCUGAAGCCUCAAGCUGUAUUCGACGGAAAAUGGUUCUACCUGUUUUGGGCGGCCUUGUUCACAGUGGCUUCAAUACCCCGGUUGCCUUGGCUGAAGUAUUUCUUCGAGACACGCUUUUGCCAGUACCUUGCCCGUGUUUCUUUCGCGCUGUACCUUGUCCACGGUCCGAUUAUAUUCUUCCUGGCUGACCGCAUCUACGCUGCGGUCGGCCUCACGAGAGAUGACCACAAGCUCCGCAUUCCUAACUGGAUGGACAAAUUCCCUAUUUCGAAGAGUGGGCCAAUGGGAUUUGAAUUGGCUUUCUGGGCAGCACAGUUGGUUCUCUUUCCGAUCACACUGUGGGCGGCAGAAGUGGUGACCAAAUUGUUCGACGAGCCGAGCGUCAAAUUCGCCAAUUGGCUCUACAACAAGUCCUUGGCCCCUCCCUCGUCACCAAAGUCUGCAGCUUAAUCUCAGCGACGCGAAUAAAUCUAGAGAAAUGACAUCAGUUCGAAUUAUCGACUUCGUA